AUGCCCGGUUCUUGCGAAGUGUGUUCUUCGGAACCAUCCAAAUACCGCUGUCCGAUCUGCGCGUUGAUGAGCUGCUCGCUCGCGUGUACUCAAACUCAUAAGAUUUACUGCGCGCCCAAGCAACAAGCCUCGAACGAGUCAUCUACACCAAUCAAUACCGAACAACCCGUGCAAAAUGGCGUCACACACCACGAAGAAACAGAUGGCGCCGUGCGCGGAGGUGAUAAAUAUAAGCCCGCAUCUAUUGCGGCCUCUCCAGAGCUGACGGAGCUCUUUCGCCGGCAGCCAAACCUCCGAGACCAACUGCACGACAUAUACCAGUCAACACUCGAAGACGAAUGGGUAGAAUGGUACACGCCUCCUUCAAGAGGUCGCUUUAAUGUUCGAGGUGGGAGAGGUGGGAGAGCACCCACCCGUCGCAGUCGUGGUCCAUGGACUUCCGAGAAAGGUUUCAACCGCGGUGUGGGGAGGGUGCGAAAGUUCCGACAGGACUGCGAAGAAGGAAGCGAGACCGGGGCUGGUGCCGAGGCCUUCAUGCGAUUCUGGGCCUUGGUUAACAAUAGCCAAGACGGGCAACCGGACCAGUCAAGGAGCUCAAGUUAG